AAAAACCACUUCCAAGCUCCCAUCGGAACUCCCGUGAGAAAACAGUACUUUCUCGUCCCUAACACUCGCAAGUCGCACCUACAACUCCAAUGGCCACACCCCAGCUCUUCUCCUCCUUCAAAUACUCCGACAGCCUCACCUUGGUGGCCAUUUCAUUGUGCACUGCCGUAGUUUGCGAGGCCAUCUCCUGGCUCCUCAUCUACCGCACCAACUCCUACAAGUCCCUCCGUUCUUCCAUCGACAAGGCUUCCAAGAAGCUCGAGACGAUGAAGACCGAGUCUUCUGCCAAGAUGGCCAAGAAAUCCAAGACCAAAAAGAUGGACCGCGUCGAGACCAGUCUCAAGGAGUCGAGCCGCGACCUCUCCCUCUUCAAGUUCAAGUCCGGUGCCGUCGUCGCCCUCGUCCUCUUUGUUGUCUUCGGUCUCCUCAAUUCGCUCUUCGAAGGCAAGGUCGUCGCCAAAUUACCCUUCGCACCCUUCAGGAUCGUUAUGAAGAUGAGCCACAGAGGUCUACAUGGCGACGAUGCCACCGAUUGUUCCAUGGCCUUCUUAUACUUCCUCUGCUCGAUUAGCAUCCGCACCAACCUGCAAAAGUUCUUAGGGUUUUCACCGCCACGUGGUGCCAGCGCCGGCCUCUUCCCCAUGCCAGAUCCCAAAACCAAUUGAUCCGGUCCAACGCUACACCUCCUCUCUUUUCUUGUUUCUCAAAUUAGGACUUUGUCUUUUUUCUUGUUGUUCUCAAAUUAGGACUUUUGUCUUUUAGAUGCUAUCGAAUUGACUUGUGUUCUAAUUUCAAGCUUCCCGAAGAUAUAAUUGUAUGAUUCUAUAAUGAGAAUAAUGAGAAGUAGGAUCGAAUAUGAAUAGUGAUUGAGAUGUAUUUUAA